AUGGCGUCCAAGCAGCAGGAGAGGUCGGAGCUGGACAGCAAGGCCCGCGAGGGGCAGACCGUCGUCCCCGGCGGCACCGGCGGGAAGUCCGUCGAGGCGCAGGAGAACCUCGCCGAAGGGCGCAGCCGUGGUGGGCAGACUCGGAAGGAGCAGCUCGGGGAGGAAGGGUACCGCGAGAUGGGGCACAAAGGCGGGGAGACUCGCAAGGAGCAGCUCGGGGAGGAAGGUUACCGCGAAAUGGGGCACAAAGGCGGGGAGGCUCGCAAGGAGCAGCUCGGGGAAGAAGGGUACCGCGAGAUGGGCCACAAGGGCGGGGAGACUCGCAAGGAGCAGUUAGGGGAGGAAGGGUACCGCGAGAUGGGGCGCAAGGGCGGACUGAGCACCAAGGAGGAGUCCGGCGGCGAGCGCGCCGCCAGGGAGGGCAUCGACAUCGACGAGUCCAAGUUCAAGACCAAGUCCUAG